UCAAGGUGACCGGACUCCGAGCUACCAGUCCUACUUGUUUAUUUAUUGCGCUGCAACUCGUUAUACUACGUACGCAGGCCAUUGGAUCAGGCGCCUGCCAACAAUUCGCAUCUAGUUCAUCGCAAUGAAAAUAGCACUCCUCGCUUUCUUUUUGAUGGUACUUGUAGCGCCAUCUGUGUUGCUACCUUAUGAUCCGGAAGACGAUGGGUUGAAGUCUGUGCUGCCUUCUAGCGGACAAUUUGAAGCGUUUUAUCCGCGAGAAGCACACGGCAUACCGAAUGGAUCGUCGAGACCAGCGCAUGGGCAUGGUAGUUUCUACAAACACCGCAACCCAGCGUUAGUGGAUGUGAAAAAUUCGGCGGCCUACGGUUUUCGGUUUGAUGGAAAAAGGAGAUUUAAUUUUGAUGAUGAAUAGAUAAACUAA